UUCCCUGCCCCGAGAGAGGGUCGCGGUGCCUUCCUGAGGCCAACCCUCUUCCUGGCCCUGACCCUCGCCUUGUGGGGUCUUUGGCCUUCCUCAGUGGAGGCAGAGCCUGGUCAGGCCUGCGGGGGACUCGCCGAGGGUCGUCUCGGCCCCAGUGCUUUCGCCCUUCUCAGCUUGUCAAGUUAGGGAGCUAACUUGUUUCUGUCUUCGGGAGAAACUGGGGCUGUGUCUCACAUGACUCCACGAGAACUUGGAGAGGGCGAGACCUCUCUGGGCUCGCCUCUUUAGGCCUAGAUGCUGGGAGCGCAGGACAGCGUGAGAGACUUGCAGAUAGUGGAUGACAUAAUGCUUUCAGGAAGCCUCAGCGGGAGUGCUUGAGGGUGGGGGAAUGUGAACCAUCCAAUGGGAUAGUCCUUUUCCAAGUGACACUUGAAGCAGCCUGUUUUGUUUAGUUCGUGUUGCACUGUAGUAACAAGGUUUCAAGCAUCACCGGAGAGGUCUGUUUCUGUAUGCUCCUGUUGGUCUGCAGAAAGAAGGAACUCUCAGCCACCAAGAAGGACCGUGUAAGUCAUUGUCUGACAAUAUGUGAAAACAUCGUGGCACAGUCUCUCAGAAAUUCUCCAGAAUUUCAGAAACUCUUGGGCAUUGCUAUGGAGCUGUUUCUGCUGUGCAGUGAUGAUGCAGAAUCAGAUGUCAGGAUGGUAGCUGAUGAGUGCCUCAACAAAGUCAUCAAAGCUUUGAUGGAUUCUAAUCUUCCAAGGCUACAGCUAGAACUCUAUAAGGAAAUUAAAAAGAAUGGUGCUCCUCGAAGUUUGCGUGCAGCGCUUUGGAGGUUUGCUGAGCUGGCUCACCUGGUUCGACCUCAAAAAUGUAGGCCUUACCUGGUGAAUCUACUUCCAUGCCUGACCCGAACAAGCAAGAGACCUGAGGAGUCAGUUCAGGAGACCUUGGCUGCAGCUGUUCCCAAAAUUAUGGCUUCUUUUGGAAAUUUUGCUAAUGACAAUGAAAUUAAGGUUCUGUUGAAAGCUUUCAUAGCAAAUCUGAAGUCAAGUUCUCCCACUGUCCGAAGGACAGCAGCUGGCUCAGCAGUGAGCAUCUGCCAGCACUCCCGGAGGACACAAUACUUCUACAAUUGGCUCCUAAAUGUGCUCCUAGGUCUGCUGGUUCCCGUAGAGGAAGAACAUUCCACUCUCCUGAUCCUUGGUGUGCUACUAACAUUGAGGUGUCUCGUGCCCUUGCUCCAGCAGCAGGUCAAGGACACAAGUCUAAAAGGCAGCUUUGGGGUGACACGGAAAGAAAUGGAAGUCUCUCCUUCUACAGAGCAGCUUGUCCAGGUUUAUGAACUGACUUUGCAUCACACGCAGCACCAAGACCACAAUGUGGUGACAGGGGCACUGGAGCUCUUGCAGCAGCUCUUCCGUACUCCUCCCCCUGAGCUGCUGCAAGCACUGACCACACCAGGUGGUCUUGGGCAGCUCACUGUGGUUCAAGAGGAGGCCAGGGGCCGAGGCCGCAGUGGGAGCAUUGUGGAACUUUUAGCUGGAGGAGGCUCCUCAUGCAGCCCUGUUCUCUCAAGAAAGCAAAAAGGCAAAGUGCUCUUAGGAGAAGAAGAAGCCUUGGAAGAUGACUCAGAGUCCCGGUCAGAUGUCAGCAGCUCGGCCUUUGCAGCCUCUGUGAAGAGUGAAAUUGGAGGAGAACUUGCUGCUUCUUCAGGUGUCUCCACUCCUGGUUCUGUAAGUCAUGACAUCAUCACUGAGCAGCCUCGGUCCCAGCACACACUUCAAGCAGACUCUGUGGAUUUGUCAGGCUGUGACUUGACCAGUGCUGCUACUGAUGGGGAUGAGGAGGACAUCUUGAGCCACAGCUCCAGCCAGUUCAGUGCCGUUCCAUCUGACCCUGCCAUGGACCUGAAUGAUGGGACCCAGGCCUCCUCACCCAUCAGUGACAGCUCUCAGACCACCACUGAAGGGCCUGAUUCAGCUGUGACUCCUUCUGACAGCUCCGAAAUUGUAUUGGAUAGUGCUGACAGCCAGUAUUUAGGCAUGCACAUAGGACAGCCACCGGAGGAGGAAGAGGAGGAGGCUGCGGCUGCAGGUGUCCUUUCCAGUGAAGUGUCAGAUGUUUUCAGAAAUUCUUCUCUGGCCCUUCAACAGGCACACUUAUUGGAGAGAAUGGGUCAUAGUAGGCAACCUUCUGACAGCAGUAUAGAUAAGUUUGUGUCAAGAGAUGAAGUUGCCGAAGCGAGUGACCCAGAAAGCAAGCCUUGCCGAAUCAAAGGGGACAUAGGACAGCCUAAUGAUGAUGAUUCUGCUCCUCUGGUCCAUUGUGUCCGCCUUUUAUCUGCUUCCUUUUUGUUAACUGGGGGAAAAAAAGCACUGGUUCCAGACAGAGAUGUGAGGGUCAGUGUGAAGGCCCUGGCCCUCAGCUGUAUUGGUGCAGCUGUGGCCCUUCAUCCAGAAUCUUUCUUCAGCAAACUGUAUAAAGUACCUCUUGACACCAUGGAAGGUGCUGAGGAACAGUAUGUCUCUGACAUCUUGAACUACAUCGAUCAUGGAGACCCACAGGUCCGAGGAGCUACUGCCAUUCUCUGUGGUACCCUCGUCUAUUCCAUCCUCAGCAGGUCCCGGCUCCGUGUUGGUGACUGGCUGGGCACCAUUAGAACCCUGACAGGAAAUGCGUUUUCUCUGGUGGACUGUAUUCCUUUGCUACAGAAAACUUUGAAGGAUGAAUCUUCUGUCACUUGCAAGCUGGCUUGUACAGCUGUGAGGCACUGUGUCCUGAGUCUUUGCAGCAGCAGCUACAGUGACUUGGGAUUGCAACUGCUCAUUGAUAUGUUGCCUCUGAAGAACAGCUCCUACUGGUUGGUGAGGACUGAGCUGCUGGAAACCCUUGCAGAGAUUGACUUCAGGCUGGUGAGUUUUUUGGAGGCAAAAGCAGAAAGUUUACACCGAGGGGCUCAUCAUUAUACAGGGUUUUUAAAACUGCAAGAACGAGUGCUUAAUAAUGUGAUCAUUUAUUUGCUUGGAGAUGAAGACCCCAGGGUGCGACAUGUUGCUGCAGCAUCGCUAACAAGGCUUGUCCCAAAGCUGUUCUAUAAAUGUGAUCAAGGACAGGCUGAUCCAGUAGUGGCUGUAGCAAGAGAUCAAAGCAGUGUUUACCUGAAACUCCUCAUGCACGAGACGCAGCCGCCAUCGCACUUCUCUGUCAGCACCAUAACCAGAAUCUAUAGAGGUUAUAGUUUACUGCCAAGUAUAACAGAUGUCACCAUGGAAAACAACCUCUCAAGAGUUGUUGCUGCAGUUUCUCACGAACUCAUUACAUCAACUACCCGGGCGCUCACGUUCGGAUGUUGUGAAGCCUUGUGUCUUCUUUCAGCAGCCUUCCCAGUUUGUACUUGGAGUUUAGGUUGGCAUUGUGGAGUGCCCCCACUGAGUGCCUCUGAUGAGUCCAGGAAGAGCUGCACUGUUGGGAUGGCCUCCAUGAUUCUCACCUUGCUUUCAUCAGCUUGGUUCCCAUUGGAUCUCUCAGCCCAUCAGGAUGCCUUGGUUUUGGCUGGAAACUUGCUUGCGGCCAGUGCCCCCAAGUCUCUGAGAAGCUCUUGGACCUCCGAAGAAGAAGCCAAUUCUGCAGCUACCAGACAGGAGGAAGUUUGGCCUGCUCUGGGGGACCGGACACUGGUGCCCAUGGUGGAACAGCUGUUCUCUCACCUGCUGAAGGUGAUCAAUAUCUGUGCUCAUGUCUUGGAUGAUGUGACCCCUGGACCAGCAAUCAAGGCAGCUUUGCCUUCGCUAACAAACCCCCCUUCUCUAAGUCCUAUUCGACGGAAAGGGAAGGAAAAAGAACCAGGAGAACAAGCUUCUGCUCCGAUGAGUCCUAAGAAAGGUGGUGAGACCAGUGCAGCCUCUCGACAAUCAGACACCUCAGGACCUGUCACAGCAAGUAAAUCGUCUUCACUGGGGAGUUUCUACCAUCUCCCUUCCUACCUCAAACUGCAUGAUGUCCUGAAAGCCACUCAUGCCAACUAUAAGGUCACCUUAGAUCUUCAGAACAGCACUGAAAAGUUUGGGGGAUUCCUGCGCUCUGCCUUGGACGUCCUCUCUCAGAUACUAGAGCUGGCAACACUGCAGGACAUUGGAAAGUGUGUUGAAGAGGUCCUUGGAUAUCUGAAAUCCUGCUUUAGUCGAGAACCAACGAUGGCAACUGUCUGUGUUCAGCAGCUAUUGAAGACUCUCUUUGGGACAAACUUGGCCUCCCAGUUUGAUGGCUUAUCUUCCAACCCCAGCAAGUCUCAGUGCCGAGCACAACGCCUUGGCUCUUCCAGUGUGAGGCCAGGCUUGUAUCACUACUGCUUCAUGGCACCGUACACGCACUUCACACAGGCCUUGGCUGAUGCCAGCCUGAGGAACAUGGUGCAGGCGGAGCAGGAGCAUGAUGCCUCAGGGUGGUUUGAUGUACUCCAGAAAGUGUCUGCCCAAUUGAAGACGAACCUCACAAGCGUCACAAAGAACCGUGCAGAUAAGAAUGCUAUUCACAAUCACAUUAGAUUAUUUGAGCCUCUUGUUAUAAAAGCGUUGAAGCAGUAUACCACAACAACAUCUGUACAGUUGCAGAAGCAGGUUUUGGAUUUGCUGGCACAGCUGGUUCAGCUACGGGUCAAUUAUUGUCUGCUGGAUUCAGAUCAGGUGUUCAUCGGUUUUGUGCUGAAGCAGUUUGAGUACAUUGAAGUGGGCCAGUUCAGGGAAUCAGAGGCAAUUAUUCCAAAUAUAUUUUUCUUCCUGGUAUUAUUGUCUUAUGAACGCUACCAUUCAAAACAAAUCAUUGGAAUUCCUAAAAUCAUCCAGCUGUGUGAUGGCAUCAUGGCCAGUGGAAGGAAGGCUGUUACACAUGCCAUACCUGCUCUGCAGCCCAUUGUCCAUGACCUGUUUGUGUUAAGAGGAACAAAUAAAGCUGAUGCUGGAAAAGAGCUUGAAACCCAGAAGGAGGUGGUGGUGUCGAUGCUGUUAAGACUCAUCCAGUACCAUCAGGUGCUGGAGAUGUUCAUCCUUGUCCUGCAGCAGUGCCACAAGGAGAAUGAGGACAAGUGGAAACGGCUGUCUCGGCAGGUUGCAGACAUCAUCCUGCCCAUGUUAGCCAAGCAGCAGAUGCACAUUGAUUCUCAUGAAGCCCUUGGAGUGUUAAAUACCUUGUUUGAGAUUCUGGCUCCUUCCUCCCUACGUCCUGUGGACAUGCUUUUGCGGAGUAUGUUCAUCACUCCAAGCACAAUGGCAUCUGUAAGCACUGUGCAGCUGUGGAUAUCUGGAAUCCUAGCCAUUCUGAGGGUUCUCAUUUCCCAGUCAACAGAAGAUAUUGUUCUUUCUCGUAUUCAGGAACUCUCCUUCUCUCCAUAUUUAAUCUCUUGUCCAGUAAUUAGCAGGUUAAGGGAAGGAGACAGUAAUUCAACACUAGGAGAACGCAGUGAAGGGAAACAAACAAAGAAUUUGCCAGAAGAAACAUUCUCAAGGUUUCUUUUGCAGCUUGUUGGUAUUCUUUUAGAAGACAUUGUUACAAAGCAGCUCAAAGUGGAAAUGAGUGAACAGCAGCAUACAUUCUACUGCCAAGAACUAGGCACACUGCUCAUGUGUCUGAUCCACAUCUUCAAAUCUGGAAUGUUCCGGAGAAUCACGGCAGCUGCCACUAGACUCUUCACUGGUGAUGGCUGUGAAGGCAACUUCUAUACUCUAGAGAGCCUGAAUGCACGGGUGCGAUCCAUGGUGCCCACACACCCAGCUCUGGUAUUGCUCUGGUGUCAGAUCCUACUGCUCAUCAACCACACUGACCACCGAUGGUGGGCAGAGGUGCAGCAGACACCCAAAAGGCACAGUCUGUCCUGCACGAAGUCACUUAACCCCCAGAUGUCUGGUGAAGAGGAGGAUUCUAGUUCAGCAGCUCAACUUGGAAUGUGCAAUAGAGAAAUAGUGCGAAGAGGGGCCCUUAUUCUCUUCUGUGAUUAUGUCUGUCAGAAUCUUCAUGACUCAGAACACUUAACGUGGCUCAUUGUGAAUCACAUUCAAGAUCUGAUCAACCUGUCCCAUGAGCCUCCAGUACAAGACUUUAUUAGUGCCAUUCAUCGUAAUUCUGCGGCUAGUGGCCUUUUCAUCCAGGCAAUUCAGUCUCGUUGUGAAAAUCUUUCAACUCCAACCACUCUGAAGAAAACACUUCAAUGCUUAGAAGGCAUCCAUCUCAGCCAGUCUGGUGCUGUGCUUACGCUAUAUGUGGACAGGCUCCUGGGAACUCACUUCCGUGCGCUGGCUCGCAUGGUCGACACUCUGGCCUGUCGCCGGGUAGAAAUGCUUUUGGCUGCAAAUUUACAGAGCAGUAUGGCCCAGUUGCCAGUGGAGGAACUGAACAGAAUCCAGGAGCACCUCCAGAAUAGUGGACUUGCACAAAGACACCAAAGGCUCUAUUCCCUGCUGGACAGGUUCCGACUCUCUACCGUGCAGGACUCACUUAGCCCUUUGCCCCCAGUCACUUCCCACCCACUGGAUGGGGAUGGGCACACAUCUCUGGAAACAGUGAGUCCAGACAAAAACUGGUACCUCCAGCUUGUAAGAUCCCAGUGUUGGACCAAAUCAGAUUCUGCACUGCUGGAAGGUGCAGAGUUGGUGAAUCGCAUCCCUGCUGAAGACAUGAAUGACUUCAUGAUGAGCACGGAGUUCAACCUAAGCCUUUUGGCUCCCUGCUUAAGCCUUGGCAUGAGUGAGAUUGCUGCUGGCCAGAAGAGUCCUCUUUUUGAAGCAGCCCGUGGAGUGACUCUAGCCCGGGUGACCAGUGUUAUUCAGCAGCUUCCUGCUGUCCAUCAAGUCUUCCAGCCUUUCCUGCCUGCAGAGCCAACAGCCUACUGGAACAAGUUGAAUGAUCUGCUUGGUGAUGCUACAUCAUACCAGUCUCUGACCACACUUGCCCGUGCCCUGGCACAAUACCUGGUGGUGGUCUCCAAAGUGCCUGCUCAUUUGCACCUUCCCCCUGAGAAGGAGGGGGACACAGUGAAGUUUGUGGUAAUGACACUUGAGGCUUUGUCAUGGCAUUUGAUCCAUGAGCAGAUCCCACUGAGUCUGGACCUCCAAGCCGGGCUAGACUGCUGCUGCCUGGCACUACAGGUGCCUGGCCUCUGGGGAGUGCUGUCCUCCCCAGAGUAUGUGACCCAUGCCUGUUCCCUGAUCCAUUGUGUGAGAUUCAUCCUGGAAGCCAUUGCAGUGCAGCCUGGUGACCAGCUUCUUGGUCCAGAAAGCAGGUCACAUACUCCAAGGGCUGUCAGAAAGGAAGGAGGAGACUCAAACAUACAAAAUCCCAGUUACAUCACUUCAGCCUGCGAGAUGGUAGCAGAGAUGGUGGAAUCCCUGCAGUCAGUGCUGGCCUUGGGCCACAAGAGGAACAGCAACUUGCCUUCAUUUCUCACGGCAGUGCUAAAGAAUAUUGUCAUCAGUCUGGCACGUCUUCCCCUAGUCAACAGCUAUACACGUGUGCCCCCUCUGGUAUGGAAACUUGGGUGGUCACCCAAGCCUGGAGGGGACUUUGGCACAGUGUUCCCUGAGAUCCCUGUAGAAUUCCUCCAGGAGAAGGAGAUCCUAACGGAAUUCAUCUAUCGCAUCAACACCCUAGGGUGGACCAGUCGUACCCAGUUUGAAGAAACUUGGGCCACCCUCCUUGGUGUCCUGGUGACUCAGCCCCUAGUGAUGGAACAGGAGGAGAGCCCUCCAGAGGAAGACACAGAAAGGACCCAGAUCCAUGUCCUGGCUGUGCAGGCCAUCACCUCUUUAGUGCUCAGUGCAAUGACUGUGCCUGUGGCUGGCAAUCCAGCUGUAAGCUGCUUGGAACAACAGCCCCGGAACAAGCCCCUGAAGGCUCUCGACACCAGAUUUGGAAGAAAGUUGAGUGUGAUCAGAGGGAUUGUAGAACAAGAGAUCCAAGAAAUGGUUUCCCAGAGAGAGAAUACUGCCACUCACCAUUCUCACCAGGCAUGGGAUCCUGUCCCUUCUCUUUUGCCAGCUACUACAGGUGCCCUCAUCAGCCAUGACAAGCUACUGCUGCAGAUCAACUCAGAGCGGGAGCUAGGCAACAUGAGCUACAAGUUGGGCCAGGUAUCAAUACACUCUGUGUGGCUGGGGAACAACAUCACACCUCUGAGAGAGGAGGAAUGGGAUGAAGAGGAGGAGGAAGAGGCUGAUGUCCCUGCACCAACAUCGCCACCUUUGUCUCCAGUCAAUUCCAGAAAACAUCGUGCUGGGGUUGAUAUUCACUCCUGUUCGCAGUUUCUGCUUGAAUUGUACAGCCGCUGGAUCCUGCCAUCCAGUGCAGCCAGAAAGACCCCUGUCAUCCUGAUCAGUGAAGUGGUUCGAUCUCUUCUCGUGGUGUCAGACUUAUUCACUGAACGCACCCAGUUUGAAAUGAUGUAUCUAACACUGACAGAACUACGGAGAGUGCACCCUACAGAAGAUGAAAUCCUCAUUCAGUACCUAGUGCCUGCCACUUGUAAGGCAGCUGCUGUCCUUGGUAUGGACAAAACUGUAGCAGAACCAGUCAGCCGCCUACUGGAGAGCACACUCAGGAGCAGCCACCUUCCCAGCCAGAUCGGAGCCCUGCAUGGCACCCUCUAUGUGUUGGAGUGUGACCUCUUGGAUGACACUGCAAAGCAGCUCAUUCCAGUCGUUAGUGACUAUCUGCUGUCCAACCUCAAAGGAAUAGCCCACUGCGUGAACAUUCACAGCCAGCAGCACGUGCUGGUGAUGUGCGCCACUGCAUUCUAUCUGAUGGAAAACUACCCUCUGGAUGUGGGGCCAGAAUUUUCAGCAUCUGUGAUACAGAUGUGUGGAGUGAUGCUGUCUGGAAGUGAGGAAUCCACCCCCUCCAUCAUCUACCACUGUGCCCUCCGGGGUCUGGAGCGUCUCCUGCUGUCUGAGCAGCUCUCUCGGUUAGAUACAGAGUCUUUGGUCAAGCUAAGCGUGGACAGAGUGAAUGUACAAAGCCCACACCGAGCCAUGGCAGCCCUAGGCCUGAUGCUCACCUGCAUGUACACAGGAAAAGAAAAAGCUAGUCCAGGCAGAACCUCUGACCCCAGCCCUGCUACACCUGACAGUGAGUCUGUGAUCGUUGCUAUGGAGCGGGUAUCUGUUCUCUUUGAUAGGAUCCGCAAAGGGUUUCCUUGUGAAGCCAGGGUCGUGGCAAGGAUCCUGCCUCAGUUCCUGGAUGACUUCUUCCCACCUCAAGAUGUCAUGAACAAAGUCAUUGGAGAGUUUCUGUCCAACCAGCAGCCAUACCCACAGUUCAUGGCCACUGUAGUAUACAAGGUUUUUCAGACUCUGCACAGUGCUGGACAGUCAUCCAUGGUCAGGGACUGGGUCAUGCUAUCCCUGUCCAACUUCACACAAAGAACUCCAGUUGCCAUGGCCAUGUGGAGCCUAUCCUGCUUCCUCGUCAGCGCAUCUACCAGCCCAUGGGUAUCAGCGAUCCUUCCACAUGUCAUCAGCAGGAUGGGCAAACUGGAGCAUGUAGAUGUGAACCUUUUCUGCCUGGUUGCCACAGACUUCUACAGACACCAGAUAGAGGAGGAAUUCGACCGCAGGGCUUUCCAGUCUGUGUUUGAGGUGGUGGCAGCACCAGGAAGUCCAUACCACCGGCUGCUUGCUUGUUUGCGAAAUGUCCACAAGGUCACCACCUGCUGAGUCGUACCUGCGGCACGAGAGGCUGAGAGGAGGCAACUGCUGGGGCCAGAGCCUCUGGGAGUCUGUGCCAAGCUUCUGCUGGGGCUGCCUUGGUCAUGAAGGCUUCCACUUGUGUCAGGUGGACAGCCAGGCAAUGGCAGGAGUGCUUUGCGUUGUGGGCUAUGCAGGGAAUAUGCACUAUGUUGGGGUUGAGCCUGAGUCCUGGGUCCUGGCCUCACUGCAGUUGGUGGCAGUGCUAGGUUGACCAAGCGUUUAUCUUUUUCCUAGUGUUCCCCUGGCCAAGGUUGCCAGGUGGCAGCUUCCCUGGUAUGUGGAGAAGUCCUAGCUCUUGCCAGAUGGUUCUGAGGCCUCUUGUCCCACUGGGCUGGAAAACUCUCACCCACAUUUCCCCAGCAGGGUUUACCUGCCACGCCAGUGUCUGGACACAAAAUGAGUGGUGUGUGGGGGCUGGGAGCUGGGGUGCCAGGUGUCCAGCAUCAUUUUCCCUUUCUCUGUUUUCUUCUCAGGAGUUAAAAUUUAAUUAUAUCAGUAAAGAGAUUAAUUUUAAUGUAACUUCCUAUGCCCGUGUAAAGUGUGUGACUUGCAAGGCCUGUGCUGCAUGUGAUGGAGUUUGUAGAAGUGGGUGGGCCUUCUGGCCACCGUUCCCUCUCCUGUAGCUACUCAGUCUAGUCAGACAGGUCCUCAUGUAGCCCGCUCAACACCUGGUGGCACUCACACCUCACACAUCUCCCUUUUUUAUGCAUCACAUUUAACCAGCAUAGAGAGAGGUGUUCAUGUUGACUGCCCUAAGUGAGAAUUCUACCUGUGGCCUAACUGAGGGGUAAGGAGAGCUGCUUUCCACUGUUACGGUUGUACGAGGCUUGCCUUGCUGCAGCACCCCCUCCUCAGGCAUGACUGUCAAACUGUCUACUCCACAGUUAACAGUGCAGUCUCCUGAUCCCUCAGCCUAGCCAGAAACAGCCUCUGUUGCACCCAGAGAGGCUACCCCAAUUACCUCAUCUCUGGUCCUGGCUGACCUGGGCAGUAGCCUGCCCAGGAACCGUCUAGCCAUUGUGGAUGUUGUCCCUUUGUAUCUUCUACAUGGCGAGGACCUAAGGAAUGCUGGCCUGUUCUAGCAACUGUUAAGAGUGGACCCACCCCUUUUUUACCCUUUCCCAUCUUGCCUUCUGUCAGCCCAGGAGAGUAUAGAGGGUUCAGCCUGUUAAGAUGAGGCACUGGAGGGAAGGUUCAAUAUCAGGUCAGCCUAUGGCCCCAGGGGCAGCCUCCCAUGCCUGUCAGAGUCACCUCUUCUUCCCAAGGAUGGUAAUGAAAAUGAGCCUUGGACAUGGACUGCCCUCAUUUCCUGGCUUGGUUCAGGAGCUCUGCUUGGCUAUAUGACAAGGUAGGGUCUCUGCCGCUCAGCUAUGUCAUGUCCAUGUAGAGUAGGGGGAAAGGGUCAUUGGAGCUGUUUCUAAGCUACACAGGAGGAAAGAGCUUGUAGCCUAUUAGAGUAAUUAGCUGUGCUUCAGUCUAUGGAGUGCAGCCUUGAGACCCUUAAAUUCCCUUUCAGUCUUCCCAUCAUGACACUUGAAAGGCAGCUGGGGUGCAAGGUUCCCUACCAUCCACAGGUCAUGGGGACCCUCACACCUGGCCUGAUUCUUUUUCCAUCUGCCCUGGCAGAGGCUACCCCAAGCCAACCCAGACUAUCCUGGUGUCAUGGAAGCAUUAACAAUGGAUGUGGAUCUAUCUAGUCUUUCAAGAAAACCUUAAGGGAAGCUACUGAAUUUUAAUGAAAGAAAGUCACCAGUGCCCCUUUGCUGAUUUAGGGCUCCCACUUCUUAUCCUAGAUUUCCCUGCCAGAAGUGCUUGGGGGCCACAGGGAAGUUCUUGGAUUGUUGCUGCCACACCUCCAGGUUGGCCUAACAGCUCUGAGAUAGGCAUGUUGCAAGCCUGAUUACUGCUUGUGGUAGAUGUUUAUAAGAAAACUGAAUGUAAAAUCUGGAGUCAUUCCCCUGGGAAUUCAUAUCAGAGAGUUCAACCUGAAGUUCAGUUGGCCCCUUGUUAAUAGUGUGACCUUAGACAGUUCUUAAUAUGGGACUAGAACAGGCUCUGCCACAAAGCUGUUCUUUUCUGAUGGGCGUCACCGCCUAGAGAUGCACCCAGGCACAGUCAGGCAUGAGUUUGUAUGUAUACAUACCCAGAGUUGUGUUUGUGUACACACACACAUGCACACACUCCUCAAGACAUAUGUAAGAUGCCUGACCAUUCUUUCUAGCAUCUGAGAAGGGGACUCAAUUUAAAAUUAAAAUAAAAAAAAAGACCAUAGCUCAUUAAGGUCCCACUGGAAAUAUUGCCCCACCUGACUGCAGGAGGGACCAAGACUUUUUAUCAAAUUCCUCAAAAAUCUAUGGAUUUUCAAACUUUGUUUUAAAAUGUUAUUUUGAUUAUGGGUUUUUGGGGGCAAGAAGUGGGAUGUUGUUUUCCUGCUGGUACUGUCAGGAAAGAUUUUAAUGAAACCAGGGUAGAACUAUUUGGCAAUGCACUUCAGCAUGUUUCUUCUCCAAAAUGUGCCUCUCUCCCACUGCUGGCCCCCUUGACUUUGCAACUGCCAAGUGCCCUUUAUUAUUCUCUCAUUUUUGUCUGCACAUGUACCCUUCAAGAGGGAAGAGUUCGAGUGGAACCACCUCCAGCCCUAGAGAAUAUAGUGCCAGAGACAGCAUUAGCCCUAACCAGCCCCUUCCCUGGCAGAAAGCACCUUCCCGUAAGUGAAGCGGCUGUGCUUUCAGCCCAUGGCACGGGUCUUGCACAGCAAUAGCUUGGCUCACAGCCACGUGUCAAGGAGCACUGCCUCCUUUUGUGGGACUGCAGAAUUAGUCUCUGAUUGCCACCUGUGAGCAUCCUUCCCCAUGCAGUCUCAACUUGGGUUCAAACCUUCCCUCCAUCAGCACUGAGCACUAAUGGCUGCAGCCAGAGCAGGCAUGAAGCUAUCUUCUUGGUGUUGGUGUUUGGGAGUAGAAGACACUGAGCGCUGCUGAGGCUGGAUGGGGAGCUUGGGGUUGUCACAGGUUGGAAGAGAACUGUUCCUCGAUGGGUCUGGAGCUUCCAGGAAAGAACCCACACUGAGCAGUGUGACAACUAAAGAUGAUCUGAAGGUUCAGGGCCACCCUCUAUGUGUGCUUGUCAUACUUUAGUGCCAUCAAAGGGAUUCUCCCCUCUGUGUCUCUGGAAACACCCUCAGCCACAAAUUGGGUCUAAGGUGAUGGUGGCAGAGACCUAUCUGCAGAGGUUUGACUGCAUUCUAGGGGUUCCUGUCCAGGCCUUGCUGCUGCUGUGACACAAGCUCCACUGGGAACCGGGAGGGCUAUGAUGGGUGUGCCCCGGAGCCCAGCCCAGACCUGACUACUUCCAAGAGGAAGGACUGACAUGAAAUGUAUAUUUAAAAAUUUUAAAUUGCAGAUAUUGUACAUUUGAAUUAAAGAAGCAAUUAAACCUU